AUGUCGGCGCCUCAUAAUGACUUAGAUAAUCCUAGCUUGAAUGACUUGAUCAACAAAGAAGACUUUUCUCUCAGCUAUGUGACCAUAGACGAUGCUAUACAGCUUAUCAAAAAAUGUGGAAAGAAUUCUAUGUUGAUAAAAACCGAUAUCACAGAUGCAUUUAAAAUAAUGCCUAUCUGCCUUCAAUUGUGGCCCUUUCAUGGUGUUAAGUGGGAAAACCAAUAUUAUUUUUACAAACGUUUAGUAUUUGGAAGUCGUUCAAGUCCCAAAAUUUUUGAUAGCUUGUCCUUUGCAGUGUGCUGGAUUGCUACACACAAAUACCAAAUGCCCAAUAUUCUACACCUACUUGAUGAUUUCCUAGUAGUCGUUCCUCCAGACUCGAAUGCUACCGAAAUUAAGCUAAAGCUGCUUAGCCUUUUCAAAGACUUGGGGAUUCCACUGUCGGUUAAAAAGACUGAAGGCCCAAAUACGGAAUUGGAAUACUUGGGUAUCUACUUGGAUUCUUUCAACAUGAUAGCAAGGUUACCUAAGGACAAGAUUGAUCGCAUCUCAGAAAUAGUGGAAUCGUUCCUGCACCGCAAAUCCUGUACAAAAAGGGAAUUACUUAGUUUACUUGGACACUUAAACUUUGCAUGUAGAGUAAUCCUACCAGGACGAUCUUUUAUUUCACACCUUAUCGCUCUAUCCACAACUGUAGAACCAUUACAUUACCAUAUUCAGUUAGACAGUAUGUGCCGAGCAGAUCUCACUAUGUGGGCUAAAUUCCUUCGUUCAUGGAAUGGCGUUUCUUUUUUCAUCAAUGAUGACAUUGUGAAUGCAGCAGAUAUUCAACUUUUCACGGAUGCCACCCCAUCUUCCUUUGGUGGAUUUUACCAGAAUGACUGGUUUCUAGGAUAUUUUCCCAAAGAAAUUUUGCAAGAGAAGACAUCAAUGGCCUUCUUUGAACUCUACCCCAUAGUGAUGGCAUGUCUUCUGUGGGGCGAUAAAUGGAAAAGGAAGCGCAUUUUGUUUCAUUGUGAUAACAGAGCAACCCUCUCUCUCUCGUUUCCAGAUGCAGAGAUUCCGAACCUUAGCUCCCCAAGCCAACCCCUUUCCAGUGCCUUGCGUGCAUCAUUCGGUGAUGAUGACAGACUAGAUCAGGAGUUGCAGGGACUUUGGGAAGCUUCACUGAACCAGUCAACUCGCAAGACAUAUUCUUCAGCCUUACAGUGUUUUCAGAACUUUAUGAUUAUGAAUGGUGCUAAGUUCUCCAAGCAUGGGUUACCUCUCAUACAAGAAUCAGACCUUGUUUAUUUUGUGACACAUUGUAAAUCGGUGCUGAAAUUGAAACAUGACACCAUUAAAUUAUAUCUUGCUGGCAUUAGGUUUCACUAUAUUAAGUCUGGAUUGGGCGAUGUCUUGAAAGGAUGCGAUCAGUUGCAUUAUGUGUUAAGAGGUGUUAAAAGAUUACAGUCAAAUGUCCAUCACAAGCGUUUUCCUAUUACUACAAGAAUUUUAGCACAAAUAUGGAAUGUUUUAGACCAGGGAGUUUUUUCUCCUUUUGUAGAUCUCAUGUUAAAAUGUAUGUAUUCAUGUGCAUUUUUUGGUUUUUUGAGAUGUGGUGAAAUCACAUGCAAAUCUCAGAAUGUAGAACAAUUUUUACAAAUCUCAGAUGUACAUAUUAAACCAGGAGGAAGUGCUUUUGUUUUGAAAUUAAGAACCUCCAAAACAGAUCCAUUUUCAAAAGGUGUUGAAAUUGUUAUUUUUGAAAAUGACCACUUUAAACCGGUGUACACCAUGAUAUCAUAUUUAGAUGCUCGCAAAUCUCUGUUUAGUUCAAACACUGGCAAAUCGCCAUUAUUUGUAGACAAUGAAUUUAACCUUAAACCCAUGCCAAGAGACACUUUUGUUCUGCAACUGAAAGAGAUACUCCUUCGGAUUGGAUAUGAUGAUAACAAAUUUUCAGGUCAUUCUUUUAGGAUAGGUGCAGCUACAGCAGCGGCUGCAGCUGGUGUUGAAGAUCAUGUUAUUAAAGAAUUAGGUCGUUGGUCUUCAGACUGCUACAACAGAUAUAUUAGAACAGAUGUAGAGGCUGUUCAAAAAGCACAAGUACAAAUGUCAUAUUUGUAAUAUGUUGUUUCUUUUUUUUUUUUUUUUCUACUGUGUACAUGAGCCUAUUAUUAUUACAUGUUAAAAAUUUUUUUUUUUUUUCUUUUUUCAUGACUACCGGUUCUUGGGGGCUUCACUCAUUCCUUUCGUUCAUUUGGCGUUCAUUCCUGGGGGAAUUUUGCCCCCAAGGGAUUAUUUACUUAUUACAUACAUUAUUUGUUUAUAUGUACAUGUAUUGUAUUAGAACCUGUAUAUGAAUUAUGUUGGCAGGCGGUAUAUUGUAGAUAUUAGGUUGACACGUUUUUCGGGCAGGAAUCUCGGCCACGUCUAUGUUUCUCUGUAUAUACAUGGUUAAGCUCACAGAUCAGCUCGAGCUUCAUUGGAUUUGUAUUCGGGUUUGUUGGUUACCCGCUGGGAUCAGCCCCGGGUAAGCUCCCUGGGAUCAGCCCGGAGCUUCAUUUCCAUUCAGUUUUGCAUGCAUGGGGAUUUGCUCAUUCAGCUCCCUGGGAUCAGCCCGGAGCUUCAGUCUGUUUUCUCGCCCGCUGGGAUCACCCCGGGCAGCUCCUUGGGAUCAGCCCGGAGCUUGUUUUGUGUUCAUUAACCCGCUAGAUUCAGUCGCGGGUAGCUCCUUGGGAUCAGCCCGGAGCGUCAUCACUCCUUUUGGACCCGUUGGGAUCAACCCGGGGUAGCUCACUGGGAUCAGCCAGUUGCUUAGUUGUGGUUUUAGUCCAGAUGGUCGUACGUGACCUGCUGGGAUCAGCCCAAGGCUAGUUCACUAGAGUUAGUGUAGAGUAGAGUAGAGUACAUAUAGUUAUGUAGUAUUGGAGUUAUAAGAAUGAGAAGCCCCCAGAACGCCAAACUGUAUUUUAUUUUUUGUUGUUUUGUACAUAUUGUAUGUUCUUCUGAUGUAGGCAUGUAUGUUAGUAAUCAAUAUGAGUUUUCAGUUGGAUAUGUAAAUAAAUGUUAAACUCUGACUGUCUGGUGGUUGUGUAUAAAUUGAAAUUUGAUUUAUUAAAUUAUUAUUUAUACACAACGUUGGUUUCCUUUUCCUGUACUUAGCUAACUAUGUUUAAUUAGGAUAUUUGAUGUUGCUUUGUUUUUAUUUAUCAUAUCGAUUCUAAAAUUAGAUUUGGUAUUGGUCAGUGUAAUUAGAUGACCAAUCAGAUUAGAGUAGCCGGGAGCAUUGAUGCCUAGAGGGGGAUGCUGAUUAAGUUCAUUGUAUAGCCUUGUAGGAGACUGAAAGUAACAGCAGCUACCCACCCACCUUCCCCAUCAACUUCCCCGGCUCUCUUCUCUUAUUGGGGCUCCUCAUUCCUUUUGUUCAUGGCGUUCAUCCCUGGGGGAAUUUUGCCCCCAAGGGAGCGUUCAUUCCUGGGGGAAUUUUGCCCCCAAGGGAUUAUUUACUUAUUACAUACAUUAUUUGUUUAUAUGUACAUGUAUUGUAUUAGAACCUGUAUAUGAAUUAUGUUGGCAGGCGGUAUAUUGUAGAUAUUAGGUUGACACGUUAUUCGGGCAGGAAUCUCGGCCACGUCUAUGUUUCUCUGUAUAUACAUGGUUAAGCUCACAGAUCAGCUCGAGCUUCAUUGGAUUUGUAUUCGGGUUUGUUGGUUACCCGCUGGGAUCAGCCCCGGGUAAGCUCCCUGGGAUCAGCCCGGAGCUUCAUUUCCAUUCAGUUUUGCAUGCAUGGGGAUUUGCUCAUUCAGCUCCCUGGGAUCAGCCCGGAGCUUCAGUCUGUUUUCUCGCCCGCUGGGAUCACCCCGGGCAGCUCCUUGGGAUCAGCCCGGAGCUUGUUUUGUGUUCAUUAACCCGCUAGAUUCAGUCGCGGGUAGCUCCUUGGGAUCAGCCCGGAGCGUCAUCACUCCUUUUGGACCCGUUGGGAUCAACCCGGGGUAGCUCACUGGGAUCAGCCAGUUGCUUAGUUGUGGUUUUAGUCCAGAUGGUCGUACGUGACCUGCUGGGAUCAGCCCAAGGCUAGUUCACUAGAGUUAGUGUAGAGUAGAGUAGAGUACAUAUAGUUAUGUAGUAUUGGAGUUAUAAGAAUGAGAAGCCCCCAGAACGCCAAACUGUAUUUUAUUUUUUGUUGUUUUGUACAUAUUGUAUGUUCUUCUGAUGUAGGCAUGUAUGUUAGUAAUCAAUAUGAGUUUUCAGUUGGAUAUGUAAAUAAAUGUUAAACUCUGA